AUCAGCUAUACAUCAAGAAUGGCUACCAAAAACAAAGUAAGCUUGAAGCUGUUGAUCGACAAGAGAUCGAAUAGAGUCCUUUUUGCAGAAGCUGGAAAAGAUUUUGUUGAUUUCCUCUUCACCCUUCUCUCUUUGCCUGUAGGUACAGUGAUUAGGCUGCUCAAAAAACCAGCAAUGGUUGGUUGCAUAGGAAAUCUUUACGAGAGCCUUGAAAACCUUAACGAAGCUUAUAUGCAACCAAAUCAAAGCAAGGACCUGCUUCUAAAACCCACUGUGCCAUUAACCCAGCUCGCACAUGUGCCUCUCUUGCUGCCUGGCACUCGUCCGCUAAAAACUGAGGCAGGACGAAAGUUGUAUGGUUGUUCUUAUUCUGGUAACCACCGGUGCGUUACUGAUCAGAGAGGUUCUCCUUGUAGUAACUGCAAAAAUUCAAUGACUUAUGAACUGCCGUUUAUUGGCACCAAUACAAAUAAUAAAUCAGCUAGUAAUACAGCAACUAGUAAUAGUGAGGGAGGUUUUGUGAAGGGCCUGGUUACAUACAUGGUGACUGAUGAUUUGUCAGUGUCACCAUUGUCAAUGAUCUCUGGUGUUGCUCUGCUGAACAAGUUUAGUGUAAAGGGUUUUGGUGCACUUAAGGAGAAAAUGGUUGAGUUUGGCAUUGAUGAGCCCUUAAUUGUGUUUCUUUGGCAGGGUGUGGAAUUGUUGAAGGCUUCUCUCCAGUCAAAAACAGCUCUUACUAAUAUCAGCUUUACAUCAAGAAUGGCUACCGAGAACAAAGUGAGCUUGAAGCUAUUGAUCGAUAAGAAGGCGAACAAAGUCCUUUUCGCAGAAGCUGGAAAAGAUUUUGUAGAUUUCCUCUUCACCCUUCUCUCUUUGCCUGUGGGUACUGUGAUUAGGCUGCUUAAACAACCAGCAAUGGUUGGCUGUAUAGGAAAUCUUUACGAGAGCCUUGAAAACCUUAAUGAAGCUUAUAUACAACCAAAUCAAAGCAAGGACUCGCUUCUAAAACCCACUGUGCCAUUAACCCAGCUCGCACAUGUGCCUCUCUUGCUGCCUGACACUCUUCCUCUAAAGCCUGAGGCAGGACGAAAGUUGUAUGGUUGUUCUAAAUAUAGUAACCACCGUUGCGUUACUGAUCAGAGAGGUUCUCCUUGUAGUGACUGCCAUUAUUCAAUGAAUUAUGAACUGACGUUUAUUGGCACCAAUACAAACAACACAUCAGCUAGUAAUACAGCAACUAGUAGUAGUGAGGGAGGUGUUGUGAAGGGCCUGGUUACAUACAUGGUGACUGAUGAUUUGUCAGUGUCACCAUUGUCAAUGAUCUCUGGUGUUGCUCUGCUGAACAAGUUCAGUGUUAUGGGUUUUGGUGCACUUAAGGAGAAAAUGGUUGAGUUUGGCAUUGAUGAGGGUGUGGAAUUGCUGAAGGCUUCUCUCCAGUCAAAAACAGCUCUUACUAGUGUCUUCCUUGCCAAGGAUGAGAUCAAGGAUGCUGCAGCACCAAAUUGAAACUGUGUUGGAUAUAUGAUCUAUUCUAAUGCUAAUCAACGCUGUUUUGAGGGAGGUGACAUUUAGCUAUUUACCAUUGUCAAAUGCCAUGCCGUCCUGUAUUGAUCUUGUUUUGAACUGCCUUGGUUGUUAGAUUUUCAUGAAUCUUACUGUUGCUAAUUUGCAUUUCCUUUUGCUAUUUACUUGCAUUGAGAUCAUAGAUAAAA